UGCUGCCAACUUGCGAGUUGCGUAUUUUUCGCUAGCAAAGUUCUUGACAGACAGUUGAGCAUCGCUGUGGCGACCCGUGCCGAGAAUCGAAUGGUGGUAAGGACGACGACGAGCAUGGAAGAAAAUAGACUUGGCCUCGUCUGUCCUGUUUGCAUUAGCCGCGUGUGUUAGGAGGCGUUUUGUUGGUGCACCAGCGUCCGUGGACAUGUCGGGCCGCGGUCGAUACACCGUCUAAGCCGCUCCCGACCAGCCGACAGCCGCGAGAAGAGACUUUUGAGUUGGGCGUCAAGAUGGCGCCGUGCCCAGAGGACCCGCAGGGAAACGAGCCCAAAGCCCCCGACAAGACGGCCCAGGGCUCCGACGAGGCGGCCGCUCCGCGCGACGAGGCCGCUGCCCCUGUCACGGACGCCGAGCACCCGCCGCCUGAGCUAACGGAACCCAAUCGGGGCAAUGUGUCGGCUUUGAAUGAUGGCCAGCUCAAGGCUCUUCUCGACGAAGCCUACAGCUACAAGAGGCCUAAGGACCGAGUCGGAAAGAGCGAGAUAUUUAAUGAGCUGCUGAAGACUGUCGAGACAUCCGAAGAGGACAGCAACGACAACGCCUUCCUCAUCGACUCGCGACUUUUGGGGCCGAAGCGGCGCGCAGUUGGCCGGAGGGAGAAGGGUGGAUCUGAAAGACAGUCACACUGCCUCUCCCUCCAGAACAUCAACCAGUGUCACCAGGGUGACCCGCCUGCCCGCCGACACGGCACGCACCAGUUCCGCAGGGGUGCCUCCACUUCCUCCACUUGCUCUUCGGUUAUGUCGGAGAGCGUGAGCACGCGGCAGAGAGAAGGUGGCUCGUUGCCAUGCAGCGUGAACGAGAUGCACCACAACUUCCACGCUGAGGAGGGCUACGGCAAGAGCUCUCAAAGGGCCAGCCUGGAAGAGCUGAACCUCAUGGGCCUGCACUCUCGGCGCGAGUCCAAGGAGCACCGACGUAUGGCAUCCUCUCCUCCGGGCACAGAGAUGACCACCUUUGAACCCAGAGAGGAAAAGGCGCACACGCAGGCUCUGGAGAUGGAAAUGCAGAUGGUGUCCAACGCGGCCAAGCUCAAGGACAACUUGCCAGAGCCCUCCUCUUCCUACAAGACUUUCGCCUCCUUCUCUGUCUCGGAACCUGAGGAAGUCGACAAAGCAAUACUUCUUCGGGAUUUUAAACAGCAAUCUCAAUUAUUGAUGCAGAGUCCUGAUACUUUUGAACUUGGUCUGCAGCAGGAAACAGCCUCUGUAACUUCUGUCUUAUGUGACAAGCCACCCAUAAGCACACAAUCGCCAGCCAUCUUGAAAACACAGUCAAAACCAGCUACCAAGCUUCCACCAAAUUACAAAAUGGAUGAGAAUGAGAACAUGCCUGGAAGCAAUUCGGAUUCUAGCAACGCUCGAAAGGUGAAGAAAUCGAAGAAGAAGCAGGAUAAUGUUGUCCCUAGCGAGAAAAUAGAGGGAUAUGUUGGCAACAAACACCUGGCGUACCUCCUUGAAUACAUCGGGGAAAAGACCACCAACAAAGGCAGCAAAGUGGUGCUUACCAAUGAUCUAAAGCACAAAGAACCGCGGGUUGGUGAUUUAAACGUAAGCAGACGCAACCAGCGCUACUCGGAAGAUGGCAAAAGGGAGCAGCAGAAACAGAGUGCCAAAGUGGGAAGGAAGGGUGCUGGCGAAGGAGGCCAGAAUAAAAUAAAGAGAGCGAAUAGUCUUGAAGAAGUGUCUAAGUCAAAGCUCGAAGACAUCACUAUCCCGCCAUAUUGUAGGUCCAUUGGAGGAGAGGACAGAACUUCAGAGGCGAACAAAGACUUGGAUGACGAGGAGGAGUACAACAGGUUGUUAGAUGAGCAGAAUGGUAACGCAAGCGUCAAGAGCGAAGACUCUCAAGGCAACCUGAUCUACUCUGAUUCAAAUCCUCUCUCCAAUGAGGACAGUUUUGAGUUCCAAACCGUCACCAACAGCAAGAAGCAGAGAAGGAGGAAACAGAAGGACCAAUCUGCAAGCCACUCGUACAUCCGCGGUGGUGGUGGCAUGGGCUAUGAGGAGGACAGCCAUCAUCACCACUUGCCACACCACCCACACGCCGGUGGGCGGCGCAAGCUCAAGUCGACGUGUAGUGUGCCUCCAUCGGACCAGUCGGGUGUUGACAGCAGCGACGACUGUGACAGCGUGCACUCGAUGCCGGCCAGCUCACACCUGCCGUUGGCCGCGGCGGUGGCACACGCGCCCGACCAUGCCGCCAUCAUGUCUUAUGCGGCGAUCGCGCGCAACCCGCCUCCUCCGCCCACCCCAGUAGCGACAACUGCUGCCGUUGCAGAGGAGAGCUGGCCGCAGGUUGUGGAGGAGACGUCGUCAUCCGUCUCGUCCAUCACAACCGAGCCGAACACGCCGCCGGAGGAGACGACCGUCAACGUGCUGCAUGACUAUUACCCGUCGCUCGCUGAGAGCGUCAAGGGCGGCAGCCGCAAGGCAUCGGAGGAGCCGCCUGCCUUGGCGCCGGUGUCGCUGCCGCCUCCCAAGGUUCCUAACGGUGACGUCAAGCGGCAGGCGUCCCUGCCGCCCAAGAUGGUCCCCGCGGCCGCCCCCGUCGCCCCUGUUAAGGCCAAGUCGGCAACGCCGCCCGCCGUGUCGUGCCCGCCAAAGCAGCAGCAGCAGCGCACGCUACAAAAUCAGCCACCUGUGAUAUUUGAUGAAAAGACUCAGUGCAGUGAUAGCGUGGAGGGACUGACGUUCGGUUUCAGCGUCAACGCGUCGCUGAUGGACGAGCUGGGCCCCCUGCCAACGCCAAUGCCGCCGCCUCCCUCUCAGCUGGACUGCGCCCCCGUUCUCUCCUCGCCCCCUCCGCCGCUGGCCAAGCAAAAAGCAGUCCCGCCACGACCCACCGCCACAGCCCCCGCUACCCCCGCGUGCGUAGAAGCUGCUGCCCCGGUCGUCUCUUCUCACCUGAGUGACGUGCCCACCACUAAGAAGACUAAAGACUUUGCAGCCAUGUUCAGACAGCCAACCCAGCCCCUUUUGUUCUCAGAGCCCACCCUCAGCAACAACUACAAGGAGACGGUCGAGUUCAUCGGAAAUGCCUGGCAUGACACCGAACUUGAACUCAGCACGGCAGGUUCGAGCAACCGAAACAUCUCGUGGUUUUGUCCCUAGUGAAAGUUGAGGACAGACUACUACCUCUGGCAUGGGUCACUUGCUGGUCGAAAUUUUCCUACCGCCGGUCAUUUCAAGAUGACGGACUCCAGAGCAGUGUGUUGUGUUCCUGUUCCCUCGUACGAGCGAGCGAGAGUAAAACACAAAAAUAAUCGUUGCAUCUGCUGCUACCACGCCAAGGCGGCCAGCCAUUCGAACUCGAGUUAGUGUUACGUCGUCGUGGCCUUGUGAUAAUUGCGAAUGAGAAAAAAAGUACUGCUUAACACACACGGAACACUGAGAGACGCAGCGUGUUACGAAAAGUUGAAAGGUUCCUCCGUUCAUUGAAAGAAAUUGUUGAAGUGAAAAUAGACUUUUGCUGUGCGAAAACAAUUUUGGCUCCUGUGCGGCCGAGGACGUAAAUGAAUGCAAGUAGAUUGUAACAGAUUGAUUGCAUAGUUACGUAUUUGGUUAAAAUUUGUUUUUUCAAUCACGACCAAUGAGAUUUUGCGAAUAUCUGGUCAUACUAGUCCAUAAAGUGGGAUGACACCAAGAGCAAUAAGAGUAACUCUCUCACACUUGAGCCCGUAAUGAAAUUAAUCGAUCCAAGUGCUGCUAAUUCUAGCAAUAUGCGAGAAGAAAAUAAUCCCCCGCCCGACUGGACUUUUGCUGUUGAUAAAGUCACUGAUUGUUGCGUGUCAUGCCAGAGAAAACGCAGACUAACCGAAUUCGCUGCAAGAGAUGAGACAAUAUACUUAAAAGAACCGAGAAUGGUGAACACAAAUGCGUGUUUCAAACUUGUAACCCAUGUUUUACUCUUGAAUGCCGUUAAUUUAUUCUGUUGGAAGAAAACAAAUUUUAUACUACGAUUUGUCUGCCUGCCUGCCUACCUACCUACCAACCAUUGUGUUUCUCAGAUUUGAAUACGGUUUUCUGAUUUUGUCUUUAAAUCAUUCCUUACGUUGUACUAAAGAAAAAGAUUGUCACUCUCAAUUCACGAUUUGAACCUCUCAAAACGUAGAAAUAUCAUUCGUUUAGAAUCAACUACUUUUUGUUGUAAGACUGGGAUGACGAUAAAAACAAAAACACAAAAAGAGUAAUCAAAUUAAGAUAAAAAGUGAAAAAUAUCACACAUAAACACACACAAAAACACACAAACACUUCACACUUGAAACAAAACACGAUAUCAGAAUGGAAACUUACAGUGUUAACAUAACAUUCAUUAUUCACCUGUUGCGAGAAAAAAUGAUACAUCAUCCGUGUGACGUCUAUUGUUUCCGUUGCAAAUUGGGUUCCGCACUGAUCACCCCGAGAGCGCCAAUAAGGAGCCCCCCUGCCCCCGUUGUCGAACCCUCCCCUGACAAUCUCGAGUCUUGCUCUCGGGCGCCCCUCGACAGUUGUUAAUAUCAUUUCCCACUCCAUCCAGGCACCUAUGCGCCGCCGAGCUGCAUCAACUUGUGUGUAAUAUAAAUAUAUGCAGUACAAGCGAUCAAAAGAUACCGCAUAAUCUAUUUUUGUUGUGAUCGCGGGUUCCAUUCGCAGGUGCCAUUUCGUUUCGCGCGCGCGCGCCCCGCAAAAGGUUGCUUACACUGCUCCCCCCGCCCGGCCCCCUGUUACGUCCGUAUUCAGCAGAGAAUGAACUUUUAAAAGGAUCGUGUCCCCUCUCGCGGGGUUGUGAACGCGUCAAAUGUAUGGAUUGCUUCCGAGUGUUUGGAGACAAAUUGCCCAUAGAAAUUUUGGCUGCCCGUGAAAACUUUUGGCCUAAUUCUUCCCGACUUGUACAACUUGGAAACUUCAACGACCCCGAUUCCUCUCCCCCUCCCCCCACACUCCCUCUUACGAUAUAUCAAAAUACCGAACUGCAAAAUAAACUUACAGUUGUCGCUCUUGAAGUGGAAAAAACGUCGCAAGAUCUAUUGCAGAUUGAAAAUAUGUAAACAUGAUGCAAAAUAAAUGUUAAAAAACUCUGGAGACAGCUUUCUUCUGUUGAUUUGCGAAGGUUCCGUUCGCCAACUUGCAUGGAACGUUUAAGUCUUUCAUGUGUACUCUCACCAUUGCAAUCCGUGCAAGGAGAAAUAAUGUUAUCAGGUAACGAAAAUUUGUACUCUUUAUCACACAACUAUUGCAGUUGGUGGGUGAAAACUUGUUUUCAAUCUCGAAAUUUCAGUGCUGUCGGCCUUUUACCAAAUCAAAUCCCCUUAUUUUUGAAAAAUCUCAAAAUGUCUGCUAAAAUUUUCGUCUGUUUUGUUGAACACUGGAUUUAAUAAAAUAAAAUAUUGCUUCUCCAA